AUGGAGGAUGGAAAGCCCGUUUGGGCGCCACACCCUACAGAUGGAUUUCAAAUGGGCAAUAUUGUAGAUAUUGGCCCUGACAGCUUAACCAUUGAACCCUUGAACCAAAAAGGCAAGACAUUUUUGGCUCUCAUAAACCAAGUGUUCCCUGCAGAAGAAGACAGCAAAAAAGAUGUGGAAGAUAAUUGUUCACUAAUGUAUUUAAAUGAAGCCACUCUUCUUCAUAAUAUCAAAGUUCGAUACAGUAAAGACAGAAUUUAUACAUAUGUCGCCAACAUUCUGAUUGCAGUGAACCCAUACUUUGACAUACCUAAAAUAUAUUCUUCAGAAACAAUAAAGUCGUAUCAAGGAAAAUCUCUUGGAACAAUGCCACCUCAUGUCUUUGCAAUUGCUGAUAAGGCUUUUAGAGACAUGAAAGUGCUCAAGAUGAGUCAGUCUAUCAUCGUAUCUGGAGAAUCAGGAGCUGGCAAAACAGAAAAUACAAAAUUUGUUUUAAGAUACCUGACUGAAUCCUAUGGAACAGGUCAAGAUAUUGAUGAUAGAAUUGUUGAAGCUAACCCACUCUUAGAAGCCUUUGGAAAUGCAAAGACUGUUCGCAACAAUAAUAGCAGUAGAUUUGGAAAAUUUGUAGAAAUACAUUUCAAUGAAAAGAGUUCAGUUGUUGGAGGAUUUGUUUCACAUUACCUUCUAGAGAAAUCUAGGAUCUGUGUUCAAGGCAAAGAGGAAAGGAAUUAUCAUAUCUUUUAUAGGUUGUGCGCUGGUGCUUCUGAAGAUAUUAGGGAAAAACUUCAUUUGAACUCCCCAGAUAAUUUUCGGUAUUUAAACCGAGGCUGCACUAGAUACUUUGCUAACAAAGAAACUGACAAACAGAUUUUACAGAACCGAAAAAGUCCUGAGUAUCUUAAGGCAGGUUCCUUGAAAGAUCCUCUGUUAGAUGACCAUGGAGAUUUUAUUAGAAUGUGCACAGCCAUGAAAAAGAUUGGUUUGGAUGACGAAGAAAAGCUUGAUCUGUUCCGGGUAGUAGCUGGUGUCCUGCACCUUGGAAAUAUUGAUUUUGAGGAAGCUGGCAGCACCUCAGGUGGUUGUAAUCUGAAGAAUAAAUCUAAUCAGGCAUUGGAAUAUUGUGCUGAAUUACUGGGUUUAGAUCAAGAUGAUCUUCGUGUAAGUUUAACUACAAGAGUCAUGCUAACAACAGCAGGGGGCACCAAAGGAACAGUCAUAAAGGUACCCUUGAAAGUGGAGCAAGCAAACAAUGCUCGCGAUGCCUUGGCAAAGACUGUCUAUAGCCAUCUUUUUGAUCAUGUGGUCAACAGAGUAAAUCAGUGUUUUCCUUUUGAAACAUCAUCUUAUUUUAUUGGAGUCCUAGAUAUUGCUGGUUUUGAGUACUUUGAACAUAACAGUUUUGAACAAUUUUGCAUCAACUACUGCAAUGAAAAGCUUCAACAGUUUUUUAAUGAAAGGAUUCUGAAGGAGGAACAAGAACUCUAUCAAAAAGAAGGUUUAGGUGUUAAUGAAGUGCAUUAUGUGGAUAAUCAAGACUGUAUAGAUUUAAUUGAAUCAAAAUUAGUGGGGAUACUGGAUAUUUUAGAUGAAGAAAAUCGCCUUCCCCAGCCAAGUGAUCAACACUUUACAUCUGCAGUUCACCAGAAACACAAAGAACAUUUCCGACUCACUAUACCCAGAAAAUCUAAGCUGGCAGUCCAUAGGAACAUCAGAGAUGAUGAAGGCUUCAUUAUCAGGCAUUUUGCAGGGGCAGUGUGCUAUGAAACAACCCAAUUUGUGGAAAAAAAUAAUGAUGCUUUACAUAUGUCUCUUGAAUCCUUAAUAUGUGAAUCCAGGGAUAAAUUUAUACGAGAAUUAUUUGAAUCAUCUACAAACAACAACAAAGAUACUAAACAAAAAGCAGGAAAACUUAGCUUCAUCAGUGUGGGAAACAAGUUUAAGACACAGUUAAAUCUGCUUCUGGAUAAACUUCGCAGUACUGGUGCAAGCUUUAUUCGUUGUAUCAAACCUAAUUUAAAGAUGACAAGCCACCACUUUGAAGGUGCCCAGAUUUUGUCUCAACUUCAAUGUUCAGGUAUGGUGUCUGUUUUGGACUUAAUGCAGGGUGGUUUCCCAUCACGAGCUUCCUUUCAUGAACUCUACAACAUGUAUAAAAAGUAUAUGCCAGAUAAACUUGCAAGAUUAGAUCCAAGACUGUUUUGCAAGGCUCUUUUUAAAGCUUUGGGCUUGAAUGAAAUUGACUACAAGUUUGGGUUAACAAAAGUAUUUUUUAGGCCUGGCAAGUUUGCAGAAUUUGAUCAGAUUAUGAAGUCUGACCCUGACCAUUUAGCAGAACUGGUUAAAAGAGUCAAUCACUGGCUUGUCUGCAGUCGCUGGAAGAAAGUUCAGUGGUGCUCCCUCUCAGUCAUCAAACUGAAAAACAAAAUAAAAUAUCGAGCUGAAGCCUGCAUUAAAAUGCAAAAAACUAUUAGAAUGUGGCUUUGCAAAAGGAGACACAAACCUCGUAUCGAUGGACUGGUUAAGGUCGGCACACUGAAAAAACGACUCGAUAAAUUUAAUGAAGUAGUAAAUGCAUUGAAAGAUGGAAAACCAGAGGUGAAUAAACAGGUCAAGGACCUUGAAAUUUCUAUUGAUGCUUUAAUGGCCAAAAUUAAGUCCACUAUGAUGACAAGGGAACAAAUACAGAGAGAAUAUGAUGCACUAGUUAAAAGCUCAGAGGAACUCCUCAGCGCAUUACAGAAAAAAAAACAGCAGGAAGAGGAAGCAGAACGGCUGAGGCGUAUUCAAGAAGAAAUGGAAAAAGAAAGAAAAAGACGUGAGGAAGAUGAACAACGUCGAAGAAAGGAAGAGGAGGAAAGGCGGAUGAAACUUGAGAUGGAAGCAAAGAGAAAACAAGAAGAAGAAGAGAGAAAGAAAAGGGAAGAUGAUGAAAAACGUAUUCAGGCUGAAGUGGAGGAGCAGCUGGCCCGACAGCGGGAAGAGGAAUCUCAGCAGCAGGCGGUUCUGGAGCAGGAGCGCCGCGACCGGGAGCUGGCCCUGAGGAUCGCCCAGAGCGAAUCUGAGCUCAUCAGCGACGAGGCCCAGGCUGACCUGGUGCUCCGGAGAAGCAGUGGAGUAAGACCCAAAAUGACACCGGAACAGAUGGCGAAAGAAAUGUCAGAAUAUCUGAAUAGAGGUCCUGCUGUACAAGCCACCAAGGCAGCUGCUGGUACCAAGAAAUACGAUCUCAGUAAAUGGAAAUAUGCAGAACUACGUGAUACCAUCAAUACUUCUUGUGAUAUUGAGCUCCUGGCAGCUUGCAGAGAAGAAUUUCACAGAAGACUAAAAGUGUAUCAUGCUUGGAAAUCCAAGAAUAAGAAGAGAAACACUGAAACAGAGCAACGUGCUCCAAAGUCUGUUACUGAUUAUGAUUUUGCACCAUUUUUGAACAAUUCACCUCAGCAGAACCCAGCGUCUCAGCUUCCUGCCAGGCAGCAGGAGAUCGAAAUGAACCGACAGCAGCGCUUCUUCCGCAUCCCAUUCAUCCGCCCUGCCGACCAGUACAAAGACCCGCAGAAUAAGAAAAAAGGCUGGUGGUACGCGCACUUUGAUGGCCCGUGGAUUGCCCGGCAGAUGGAACUCCAUCCUGACAAGCCGCCCAUCCUGCUUGUGGCUGGGAAGGAUGACAUGGAGAUGUGUGAGCUGAAUCUUGAAGAGACAGGCCUGACUCGAAAGCGUGGUGCUGAGAUUUUGCCAAGACAGUUUGAAGAAAUUUGGGAACGCUGCGGAGGUAUCCAGUACCUCCAGAAUGCAAUUGAGAGCAAACAGGCGAGGCCCACGUAUGCGACGGCCAUGCUGCAGAACCUGUUAAAGUAG